GAAAAACCGGUUAAUGGCAGAGAAAAGGGCAUUCAUAUGAUGCGAAAGGAGCUCAGGUAUGAUGACUACGAGAGGACUGGUAGUCGUGGACCGAAAGUAGUCCACUUUGACGACGACGACGAGUCGGAGCUCAUGAGCGAUCAGAUCCGCAAAGACAUGACUCAACCCAAGGAACUGGAGAUCAAGUUUGUCAGUACCGUCCGGACGGAGUCGGUGUCUACGGGGCCACAGACGGCACCGGUAGUGCUGACGUCGACCACAACCACCACCUCAUCGACAGCACCCAUAUCUAUACAAAAGUUUGAUUUGAAACGCAAUACAAACCUUACGACUAGUAAUGAGACAAAAACAUCGACGGCACCGGUAGUCAUGACACGUAUGGCGCGCGUACAGCACCCGAACCCCAAUCCACACAAGUAUUACAAAAUAAAUGCCCAAAAGUUUGUGGAUUUGAAUCCAUUAGUGAAAUACAUUAAGACAUUGGACUCGGAGUUACGGUUAGAGCCGUUGACAUACUUUCCCUUCAACUACACGCAACACCCGGCGCCCAAAACUACAAGUGCCGCGACCACCACCACCACAACCAUAGCGCCGACAGUUUUCUAUUCGUACAGAAGUAAUGAAAACUACCGGAAGUACACGACAACACCGAUGCCGCCACCAGCGCUCAAUGUCACCCAAUUUCGUAGACCAUCGGCACCGGUACCUCAAACUACUACACCGGCAGCGCACGGAUCGCUACUAAAACAUAUAAGUAGUGAAAACAUUCAAACGGCAAAUAAUAGGCCGGCCGUUAUGAAUCCGUUGAAAAUGUCAGCGUCUAUACUACCGGUGCCCGCGAGACCACUCAAUCUGUUCCCAACGCCCGACCCCUACCUAACGGCCCAGAAGUGCGCGGAUAAGUCGUGUCGACUACCGGACUGUUUCUGUGGCGGUAUUGAUAGCCCAGUAGGGUUAACACCUAAACAGAUCCCACAGAUAAUAAUGAUUACCUUCGAUGACGCGGUCAAUGAUGUCAAUUGGCAUAUAUAUGAGGAGAUCUUCACGGAUGACCGCAAAAAUCCAAACGGCUGUCCCAUUAGAGCCACGUUUUACGUGUCGCACGAGUGGACGGACUACGGACAGGUCCAGACUCUGUACUCCCGGGGCCACGAGUUUGCCUCACAUAGUAUAACGUAA